GGGCCGGUCCGACGCCGCGCGGCUGCAGCGCGCUCCCCGCCGGUGCGGGAGGAGGUGGGAGCGGUGGGGUCGGGCUGGGCGCGGAGGUGACUGCCCGCCGGCAGCGGGGAUGCCGCUGCCGCUACCGCCGCCGCCGCCGCCGCCGCUUGUGAGAGGGCAGCAGGCGGGAGAGCGGGCGGCCGCGGCGCCCGGCGGCAUGAGCAGCGGCGGGAACGUUCCCCGAGCCCCGCGGCAGCGCUAGGGGCCCCUCCCGGCUCCGGUCGCCACCUGCGAGCCGCGGCGGCGGGUUCAGCCCGGCCGGAGGCGCAGCGCGAAGGAAGGCGGGCGGCCGGGCCGGCCACAAAGCGCCGCCGCCGCCCUCCCGCCUCCUCGAGCCGCCGCGCUGCCCCUGCCGGCCCCCACCGGCCCGCCCGCUCCUGGGGAGGCGGCGGGAGGGAGGGGGCGAGCGAGCGGAGCCCCCUCGUCACCUUCUGGCUGCCCGACCCAUGGGAGGAGCGGGCCGCCUCUCUCUGGGAAGCGCCGCCGCGGCUCGCCGGGACUGAGCGGAGCGGCCGGCCGCCGGCGCGGAGGGAGGAUGCCACUGCUCCGGAAGGUGUUGCGGGUCUCCAAUCGCUCCAUGCUCGCCUUCAUCUUCUUCUUCUCCUUCUCCUCCUCCUGCCUCUACUUCAUCUAUGUGGCCCCCGGGAUCGCAAACACGUAUCUCUUUAUGGUGCAAGCUCGUGGUAUAAUGUUGAGAGAAAAUGUAAAAACAAUAGGACACAUGAUCAGAUUGUACACUAACAAAAAUGCUACACUGAAUGGCACAGACUAUCCUGAAGGAAACAAUUCUAGUGACUGUGUUGCUCAAACAACAGUGUAUCUUCCAGAAAACUUCACUUACUCUCCUUACCAGGCUUGUCCAGAGAAGCUGCCUUACAUGAGAGGCCUUAUCGAUGUCAAUAUGAGUGAAAUUAGUUUUGAUGAAAUUCAGCAACUGUUUUCAAAAGAUUUAGACAUUAAACCAGGAGGACACUGGAAACCAAAAGACUGUAAGCCGCGAUGGAAGGUGGCGAUCCUUAUUCCUUUUCGGAAUCGCCAUGAGCAUCUUCCAAUUUUUUUCCGUCAUCUGAUACCUAUGUUGCAGAAGCAGCGGCUGGAAUUUGCCUUCUAUGUUGUUGAACAGACAGGUACACAACCUUUUAAUCGUGCAAUGCUCUUUAAUGUUGGCUUCAAAGAGGCUAUGAAGGAUGCUGUCUGGGACUGCAUAAUAUUUCAUGAUGUGGAUCACUUACCUGAAAAUGACCGAAAUUAUUAUGGAUGUGGAGAAAUGCCACGCCAUUUUGCAGCAAAGCUGGACAAAUACAUGUAUAUUCUUCCAUACAAUGAGUUCUUUGGUGGUGUAAGUGGCCUGACAGUGGAACAAUUCAAGAAGAUCAAUGGGUUUCCAAAUGCCUUUUGGGGAUGGGGUGGAGAAGAUGACGAUCUUUGGAACAGGGUUCACUAUGCUGGAUACAAUGUAACAAGACCAGAGGGAGAUUUAGGGAAGUACAAAUCCAUUCCUCAUCAUCACAGAGGUGAAGUCCAGUUUUUAGGACGAUAUAAACUUCUGAGGUAUUCCAGAGAACGUCAGUAUAUUGAUGGGUUGAACAAUUUAAUAUAUACUCCUAAAAUACUUGUCAGUAGAUUGUAUAAAAAUAUAACUGUUAAUCUUAUACCAGAACUUGCUCCUGUUAGAGACUAUUGAUGGAAGUGGAAUGACAAGCUACCCUACCAGAAUAAACUUUUAACACUAGAAGCUACUAAUAGGCACUGUAAAACAAAACCAACAAACAGCAGCUUAGAAUUAGAGAUUUUUGACCAUUUGAUGAUGCAUAUUUGGGAUGAGAAGUAAAGUGAUUGUAUGUAUCACGCAUUUCAUUCUGAAAGAAAAGCCAGCAGCUACCACUCAGAUGUUUACAGCAUGAGACUACUGUUCAAGCCUUCAUUCUUCAUAUUCUCUAUCUUAACCACUCAACUAAAUAAACUGCAGAAAACAGACUUGUAGCUUCUCUGGAAGUAGGAACAGAGGCCUCUUCUUCCAGGAAUUUUUUAUACUAAACCGCCCCCGCCUCGUGUAUUUAAAUGAAUGCUUUUGUUUCUUUUUAAAAUGUGUUUUGUAAAUAUGUGAUGUAAAUUAAUGUGUGUACAUUGCUUUUAAAUUGCUCAAUAUUUUAUGCUUCAGUAUGUAUUUGAGUGUGUUCUCGUUUGAAUUGUAUAGGAAUGUUUUUAUUAGCAUGAAAGAACAAGUGUAAAAUGUAAGUAUGCUUAAAAAAAGGUUAUACCUUAUGUGAAAUGAAGGAAAUACUAAUUGUUGGCCAGCUAUGACUGUAAACUGUUAUACUAGUUUUGAGCUCUAGGCCUCCUGCAUAUCUAUAUAGAAAAAUCAAUUUCGUAUAUGAACUUGCUAGAAGAAAGCUUUUAAUUUUAUUUAUUGCCAGCAAAAUUGUAUGAUACCCUGCCUGCCAUCUAAAUCCUAUUUAUAUGCAUAUUGCAUGCGUAUUAUGGAAAAUCUUGCGGUUGUUGCGUAUUAUGAUCUACAGGAACUCUUAACUGUUUCCAAGUGUGCCACUAGUGUCAAUGUCAGGGAUUUUAAUGCCUAAAACAAUGUGUCUGGGUGCGUACAGUAUUUUGGUAUUGUUCUUUUUUUUUUUUUUUUUUAAAUCCUAGUAAACAGCACUUUUAUUCCUCCAAAAUCAGAAAAGCCAAAAAUGUGUCUUCAUUGGAAGAAUAUUAAAGUUAGAUUUUUAAGAAAAUAAUAAAACAUAGUUCUAAUAGUUCUAAUGCUUGCAGUGUCGGAUUUUCAGAACUAUGGUGUUGGUCAGACUGUUCCACUGAUGAUGGCAUAAGCGGAACUGAAAGCAGGCCAAUUCCAAGUGCUUUUUAAAAUUCCACUCAUAAUAUAUUAAUCAAUAUAGCUAUUUAAGGGCCUAUUCUGGUAGAGUGCUGAGUGCUUCUAUGAUGCACUAAGUAUCCUCAAGUCGAUGACUUUCAAUGAGAUUGAGGUUGCACAGUCCCACUAAGGAUUGGUCCUGUCUGUUUCUCUAUUUUUGUGGUGUUAUAUGUAUGAGUAACUAGCCUCUUUCUUUGGCUUAUAAUGAAAAACAUAUCUUAUUUUCUGUUUGCUUGUAAUGUUAUGCUACCUAAAAGCAUCCCACUGCUAAGCAUUAUUACCUUUUCCUAAUAUUUUUUUACAUCACUUGUUAAUACUAAGGAAAAGGACCGGAUCAUUUAUUUUCUAUGUUAAUGCAAAGAUAUUGACCAAGAUCUAUUAAACUGUUUUGUUUGUCACAGUUACUCAACUCUUUAGGAACCAAAGACUGACUUCUGCUCCCAUGAAGAAUGGAAAGCAGUAUAUAAUAAGGAUUGUUUAUCCAUAGAGUGUUCUGUAAGAGUGUUGACAAAGCAUACUAACUUUAACUCAUUACUGUGUGUUGGUUUCCUGAAUUGCUGCCACAGAUGGUGUGGUGCUUUGUACAUUUGAGUUUGUUUGCCAUAAACACCUUCUAUUUCUUUGACAUCCCAGCAGCAAAUUUUGCCCUUAGCCAUUCUUCGGUAAAGUUAUGAGCUUAGUUGUAGGUAUGCCAAAUAUUUAGUAGAAAUGUAAUGAUUUAAUUUAAGUAGUUGAGAACAAUUGUAAGGGAUAUUUUAAACCAUAUUUGAAUUACCUUAAAAUCUACCAGUUAAUCUAAUAUGCUUUAGGAAUGAUGUAAUGCGAUGAAAGUAACAAAAAGUGAGCAUAAAGUGAACAAAACAUCCUUCAAAAGCAUGCUUAAGUGGUUUGAACACCUCCUGAUAUAUUUUUCUAUAACUGAGUGUAUAGAAUAUUCUGAAGCAUAUGGUUAAAGGGGAGAUAAUUAAUACACUGUAUGAACAAUUAUAUCUUCAAAAUAAAGUUAGUCUUAUUUCAUAACAGACUAAUACAAUUCUUUAAGAACUGUUGAAUAAAUUUUUAAAUACCUGAUGUAAUUUUGAAGUGAUUUCUGGUUUUCAGUACAAGUUCACCUACAAUUUAACACCUAUGAUUAUGAAACAUCCUUUGGUACUGUAGGUCUGUACUGUUUUCUGAAGCAUGCUUUUGUGCCCAUCUGUUAGGCAUUCUGUGAAAUUAAUGUGCAAUUUUUAAAAAUUCUAAUGCAUAUAUAUGUAUAUAUACGUACAUAUAUACAUACUAUAUUACACAUAUGCUGUGGCUGAACUAAUAUAACUUUACAGCUCUAAGUGAUUAAUCAUGUAUGGUCUUAGAAAAAUGUGAUUUAAACCAGUAUGUGAAUGGAUUAUGACAUAUAACUGAGUUCUUAAAAAGUUUACAUUUUGGUGCCCCAAAGUGAUGGAUGUUAAAUUAUGAAUUGUUAACGAACACUCUUCUCUAAAUACCUUUUAUCACUUUGUUGGGAAGUUUUAAAAGUUGCCAUCUUAAAUUACAUCAAAAUAGUGUUUGUAUACUACCUGCCUGAACUCAGUACUAUUCUGUAGUGAAUUUUAACAUAGACAGUGCCUUCAAACAAAAUAAAUGCGAUGCAGAACUCAGAGUUGUGCACAUUCCUUUUGAUAUUUUCAUGAUUCUUGUAAAAUGUAGAGAGAAGCCAAUCACAUUGGCUUUUGCAUUGCUGAGAAGGCAAAUUAAGGAUGUCUUCUCUUCAAGGAGUGAGCAUGGAGGGAGAAGAAAGAGGGAGUAUUUUACAAGAUUCUGAAGGUCUUGCAAAUUAACAAGUAAAAACAUUACAGAAAUACUAACAGUGGAAUCUGGUUAAUAUGCUAAGAUACUCUUAAGCCCGUUUGCUGUAUUUCAGAUAUAAGUAGGAGAAUAUAAAAUAUAAAAUCCAUUUUGCAAUAGACAGUAUAUUGAAAAGCAAGUGCAAAAUGUCCUUUUUCUUGGAUCUUGCCAGUCUAUUUUUCUAUUGUUAUGUUUACUAAUGACUAUGUUGUAGUGGGUUACUAAUGAGACAGUUAUUUAAAAAUAUUAAAAUGUUCCAUUGCAUAUCAGCAAGAGGAAGUGUACUUAAGAUUAUUUUAUUUGUAGAGGUAUGUAAGAUAGGCUUAAUGAAAAAUGCACUGAAACAAAUGCUGGGAAUUUCCUGUGUACUAUCAUAAUUUUGGUUUUUUUGUUGUUCAUGAAAAUGUUUGUACUUUUUUAUCAUUGUCUUUUAUGAAAUAUAAUGUUCUAAAGAU